AUAGCUUAGCAAACCAGGCUGAAGGAAGAGACUCGUUUUCGGGGGGAAAACAUUUCUUAGUGCGACGAAUAUGACUAAAAUAGAUUAAUGUUGCUGUUCAGAUUUAACUGAUAUUCGAUUUCCAAUGAGGAAUAUUUUGCAUAGAAUCAGAACUAUGAUCAUUUGAAAGAUUUUAACAUCCUGUGUGGGUCACUGUGUGGACCCACACCCCCAUUUCCGCUGAAUGGUUCGCUCCAACGCCGCAGGUCUGUCUCCGGCAGUCACGUCGUCAUCAGUAGCUUCUACACCGCAGAGGACCGAGUAGUUCGAGGAUUUCCGUCAAAAGCAGCUCGGAAAUGAGCGGACAGACACAAAAACCGGCGGAGGAGUGAGAGGACUGUCCCGGGAAGCCCGGAGCCGCUGUGGAGGCCGGCGGAUUAUCACCUCUACCCGCUCAUGAUGACUGAAGAUGCGAAACGGAUGUUUGCUACCGGCGUGGAGGAUAACUGGAGACUGAAGAGACGCAUGCGCCAUGUCGCUGAUGCACCUGCAUCUCCUGCAAAUGCACCAGUGGAGCAGUUUUAUGCCCACAUAUUUAUUUAAUUUUUAUUUACUUCACAAUUAUUUAAAUUAAACUACAAAAUUAUUUAACUAUUUUGUGCUGAGAGUUUUAAAUUAUUAUUAUUUUAUAAUUUGAAGGACAUGUGCACUCUCUUUGAUUCAAAACAGUCUGAAUAAAAUGUGAUUUUUACUGCUAUUUAAAAACGUAGAGAAUGUUUGAUCUAAAGAUGAAGGAGGCGUGUCGCAUCUGUGGACGUGAGCUCUGUGGCAACCAGCGAAGAUGGAUCUUCCACCCCACUGCCAAGCUCAACCUGCAGGUGCUGCUGUCCCACGCUCUGGGGCAAGAGCUGACCCGGGAUGGCAGAGGAGAAUUUGCUUGCUCCAAGUGCACCUUCAUGCUGGGCCGCAUGUACCGCUUUGACACAGUCAUCGCCCGGGUGGAGGCUCUGUCCAUCGAAAGGUUGCAGAGGCUCUUGUCGGAGAAGCACCGGCUGAGGCAGUGCAUCAGCGGCCUCUACCGAAAGACGAACUCAGACGACGGCGCUGUAGCAUCUCGUGGAGCCGAUGAAGGUUCAGGAGAUGGGAUAGUGGAUAUUUCUGGACUAACCCAUGCAAAGUACUGUGCUUUACUCCAGGAGGAUCUAGUCUACUCUUUAUACGAGUCCUGGGCGGAUGAUAACCUGGAUUGCCACCAUAACCACCAUCAGAUUUCUGCUGGUCCAGAAUCUGAAGUCGCAGGAGUACCCAGCACUCCUAGAAGAUGUCGUGGAUGUUCUCACUGGCGGGUGGCAGACUCUGACUAUGAAGCUGUCUGUAAAGUACCCAGGAAGCUGGCACGAAGUACUUCUUGUGGUCCAUCAACCCGAUACUCAGCAAGUAUGGUUGGAGCAGGUGUGACUGUAGAGAAAACUUCAGAUGAAGGCCCGUCCUCUCGAACGCUGGUCCCUGGUUCUCAGGACCCCUCCAGGACGUCGGACAGUGACCGCACUCUGGCUGGACGUAUGAGCUCCAGCCCCUCCGUUGCUUCCCUGGAGACAGAAUACACUCAGACUAGAACCGCAACAGAUGGGUUGCUGAACUCCCCGAAGGAGGCAGUAGACGAUCACUUGUCAGACUCUGUUUCUGAGGAGCAUGCACCACACGGCCGAACCUCACCAGCCUCCAGUCUUUCUCUGCCUCUCUGUUUUGUGCAUAGCUACCGCCCCGUCCGAACAGCCAAAGGAAGCAGGCUGCCGGUGUUGCUCCGGCACGGAUCCAGCCGUGGAGGCAUGAGACUGAGCUUUCCCGGUCUGGGAAUAUCGUAUGGUACGCCAGACGGGGAAUUGGACAGCCUCAUGCCAACCCCUGAACCUGAGCACCCCCUGAUCAAACUGGAUGUGGGGGAAGAUCAUGACCUGAACCUGUCAGACAUGGAUGACUUUUUAGCAGAUUUAUAUAAAGAAUAUCCUCCCCCACGCCCACACCAGAGCCUGGUUGAAGAGCAGCAGAGUCAGCUCAACCAGUACGAGUGCGCCGCUGGUCAGUGUGUCAGCGAGCUGCAGAAGGCCCAGCUCCAGGUGCAAUCGCUGCAAGCCAAGAUCCAGGAGAGCGAGGCCAACAACAUGAAACUCCAGGAGAAGUUGAGUGAGAUGGAGUGUGAGCUUCGUUCCCUCCGCCAGGCGAGCCAAAGUCAAGAGAGAACCAUUCAAGACCUCACAGAGACCAUCAGCACCAAAGACAGUGAGGCCCAGGAGCUGUACCAGCUGAUAGAAGGACAAAACAGCACUCUCUGUAAGCUGCAGGAAAUGGUUCAUCGUAACCAGCUUUCUCAAAAAAAGGCUCCAGCAGGGGUAGGUGACGGCCCCACCCUCAGCCAGCUACAGAGCCAGCUGGUGGGCCUGCAGAGCUCCCUGUUCUCUCUGGGUCUGGAGCUGGAGGCCAGUCAGAGGAGCCUCAAACAGAGCCAGAGGCAAGGAGAAGACCUUCUUCGGUUCAAGGACAGACUCAACUCUGAUUUACAAGAAGCCCUGCGGCACCGGGAGGCCACGGAAAAACACAAUCAGGAUCUCCGCAAUGUCCUUCAAAAAACCCGCUGUGAGCUGCAAGCUAAAGAGGCGGCGCUGAAGGAGACGGAGGCGGAGAAGCAGACAGUGAUGCAGGAGAAGGAGCAGAGCGUCGUGCAGCUGAAACGGUCCCUGCAGGACAAGGAGCAACAGCUCCAGGAGUACUCUGAGAUGCUGGAAUCAGCUAGAAGCUCCAAACCAAGAGAUGCUCUGCUUGAGAAGUUAAAAGAGCGAAUUAAAGAAAGAGACAGAGCUUUAGAGCGCUCCAUUGAUGACAAGUAUCGCUGUCUGGAGGACCUGGAGGGCCAGGUGAGGACGCUGCAGCAGGUUCUCAGGGAGAAGGAGCGAGACUUGGAGAGACUCCGCUGCAUCCUGUCCAACAAUGAGGAGACCAUCACGAGCCUGGACACUCUGGUGCGAGCUAAAGAGCUGGAGCUGGAGCAGGCCGCAGAGGCCUACAGGAACAUCCAGUGGUUGAAGCAUCAAAGUGAAGAAAAGGAGAGAAGCACUCUGAGAGAGAAAGAUGCUAUCAUUAAGCAGCUUCAGGGAGUCCUGCAGGCCCGCAGCCAGGAGAUACAGGAUUUAACAGCCAAACUCAUUGCUAAGGUCCAGGCUUCCCCAGCUGAGGUCGUGGAGGAGCUGAAAGCUCGAUUGGCGCUGAAAGAAAAGCUCUUCCAGGAGCUGCUAUCCGACCGCAGCCGGCAAGCAAACGAGCACCAAUCACAAAUUCAGGAUCUGCUCAACAACCUCAGCGCUAAGGACCAGUAUCUGCAGGAUUACACCUACAGACUCUCUGAGGUGAUGAGAGAGCGAGCAAAUCAGCUGGAGGAGCUUCGCAGACAGCUGACGCAGACGGAGCAGGAACUGUGUGAGCUCAGACGGGACAAGGAGAGGGACGCUGGAGGGGAGACGGAGCAUCUGCGCAGUCUGCUGAAAGAGAAAGAAGGUUUUAUCAAAGAUCUGAUUCAAACCCACGAGGAAGCCAUGCAGCCAUUUUCAAAGGAGAAUGAGGCUGAAAUACAGGCUCUGAAGGAGGAGCUGGAGUUGGCGUUGAAGAAAGAGAUGGAAGCUCAGAAGGAGCUUUCAGCUCUGCGGUUAUCCCUUACUCACGAACAGUCAGAGGGAGAAGACUCAAAAGGCAGCGCUGAUCACCAAAGUCAGAUGGAGCAGCUGUUGUCUGAGUACAGCAGGCUAAAUGACGCCCUGAGGUCAGAGAAGCGAUUGUACCAAAAUCUGAUGCACAAGAGUGGCAGCUCAGAGAAGGUGCAAGCUCUCCACACUGAGUUAGAUUCAGUUCAGGCCCUUCGAGGACAGCUGGAGGAGGUCCUCGCCAAGGCCCGGAGCACGGCCCUGGCGCUGGAAAGGGCAGCCAUAAGGCAGCCUGGCUUUGGAGAGCUCAGCACAGAGGAAGAGGAGGGAGACGAUGAGGAUGGUAGCAGUGAGGAUUUUACAGACAGCAUAGAGGAGGACGACAGUUUGACCAGCAGGAACACUUCUCAGACUUGUGUUAAGAAUCAAGGAGAGACGUUUCUACCUGGAAGGACGAGAGAAGCUAAAUUAUAUGAAAACAUCCCUCCAGAGGAGACUGAGGAAGCAAGAACAACCCUUGAAGACAUAAGAUCACAGCUAAAAAAAGAUGGAUUCACUUCUGUCUCUGAGAUGAGAAGUGCCUUACAGAAGCUGCAGCAGGAAAACCAGGCUUUAAUAAACAGACUGGAGUUCAGUGAAGCUGCCAGACUCAGGACAAACACACAGAGGAGUCUGAAAGAAGAAGAGGAGGACUGUGAAGGAGAUGAUGAAGAGUUGGAAACAUCUUCGAUUAUGUCUGGGAAGCGAGGUCCUCCUUGUUUUAGGAGCUCUGAGUCUGGGAAAAGACAUUGCAGGAGACCAGACUCCCUGAAGCUGACAGAGGCGCAGGAUGCGAGGCCCUCUAGUGGCAGCGAUGAGGUGGGGAUGCUCUGGCAGGACAUGGAGGACGGACUCCAUGAGCAGGCGGCCUGUCUGCGCGCGGAUCUGGCCCGGAGCCUUCAGGAAAACAGGGAGCUCCAGGAGAGGCUGAUGGUGUCUGAAGCCACGGUCCAGGCUCAAGCAGAACAGCUGAAGGAUUACAGAGAUUUGCUCACAGAGACAUCUGUCCAGCAGGCCAGUAAACAGGUUCAGGUGGACCUCCAGGAUCUGGGUUAUGAGACCUGUGGGCGCAGUGAGAAUGAAGCAGAGCGAGAAGACACCAGCAGCCCUGAGUUCGAUGACCUGGAGAUGUGCACAUCUCUGUCCCAUCAUCAGGACAGUGAGGGGCUGAACAGCAGCUGGUAUUCUGAAAACUCCAAGGAGGCCUUAGACAUCCGGGAUGAGUCGGCCCCUCUCCACCACCUGGUCCAAGAUCUCAGGUCGCAGUUGACCCGCUGCCACAAAGUGAUCCGUGGACUCCAGCUGCGGGUGCGCUCCCUGUCUGCAACCAGCGAUUACGCCUCCAGCCUUGAACGCACCCCUCGCAAGGUUAACUGGGCACUUGGGAUAUCACCAGCUCCCAGCGGGGUUGAAGAAGACGAAGGCUGGAUGUCUGACACCCAAGGAGUCCGCCCUUCCUCCAAGCCCAGUCGGGAGCUGCAGGAGUUGAUGGAGCGCGUCACAUCACUGGAGGCGCAGUUGAAAAACACUGCAGUGGAGGGAAAACAGCAGACAGAGGAGGAGAAAUGUGCCACCUGGCCCGGGAAGUACAACACUCUGAUUCAAGCGCAGGCUCGUGAGCUGUCCCACCUGAGGCAGAGGAUGAGAGAGGGGCAGGGCGUCUGCCACAUCCUGACCCAACACCUCGGAGACACCACCAAGGCUUUUGAAGAGCUCCUGCGAUCCAACGACAUUGAUUACUACAUGGGUCAAAGCUUUAGAGAGCAGCUGGCGCAGAAUUCUGCUCUGGCUCAGAGAGUCAUCACCAAGAUCACUGGACGAGAAUGUGUGGAAACCAUCGAGAACAAAACGAGCCAGGACCUCCUUUCCCUGAGACUGAGUAAAGAGCUGCAGCAGAAGGACAAACUCAUCGAGUCCCUCCAGACCAAGCUGCAGCAGCGCCCCCAGACUCCAUCCAGCUGCCAUGCCCUCUCUGAGACCACUGACCACUCAGACCGCACCUCCUUGGUGUCCGAUGAGACCAACGAGGACCUGGAGCUGUGCUCGGAUUUAGACACCAGGGAGUUUCAAGAGGAGCACCAGCAAGAACCCACAUCAGGAAGAGAUGUCCAUCCAUCUCCUCAUGCUCCUCAUGGCCUCCUCAAAUCCUCCAGCAGCUGUCCCAACAUGCGCUGCUCAGCCACUGUGGGUCUGACCUGUCAGCCCACUAGAGCUCUUUUGGGUUUCACCUCCUCCCUCUCUGUUCCUCUGGGCCCUGACGUCUGGGGGUAUGAAGCCAUUUCUGACCCCCGGCCCAGGGCCCUGUCUGUCCUCGCUGUUCGCCCAGAGCUGGACACGCUUUACAGACAAAUGAGUGAGCAGCGCAGGGGACUUGCUGUUCCACAAGAGAAGACUCUGUUCAGCUUCUCACCCAGUCCCCACAACCUCCAUGACCUCACGAGCUACGCCCACCUAUCCCAUCAUGCCUUUCCACAGUACCAGCUGGGCGGCAUUCCCGAGGAUCACUCCGUGAAGUCUGACUCCGGCCAAAGACCUCUGUGGGAUGCAGAGAACUUUGUUGGAAGCUAUGCUGGAUAUCCAGCAGAAAACAGCCAAGCAGGUGUGAGUUUGAUAGAGGAGCAUCUACAGGAGGUCAGGUGUCUGCGACAGCGUCUGGAGGAGUCCAUCAGGACCAAUGAGGCGCUGCGCCUGCAGCUGGAGGAGAAGCUGCUCUCAUCUGGACGCGAUAGAGGAGCACCAACAAACAUCUAUAUUCAGGGACUGGACACAGUCACUCAACUGUCCAAUGAGAUCAGAGUCCUGAAGGAGGAAAAUCUUGCUCUGCAAUCAGGCCUGAAGGCCAGCACAGACUCAGGUGAGGAGGUGGUGCAGCUGCGGGAGGCGGUGUUCACAGCACGCACACGCCUAAAGCAGGCAGAGCUGGAGGCCGAGCAGUGGAAGGAGGAGCUGAGACGACUUCAGGCUCACAGUCAGGAGCAAGGUCAGCAGAUUCUCACGCUGAGGCAGGAGCGACAGGCCGGACAGGAGAAAACCAACAGGCUGCAGCAUGAGGUGUCGCUGCUGCAGCAACAGCUGUGUGAAAGCAGGGAGCUCAUCCACUCUCUGCAGAGUGAACUCCACGUUUAUGAUCGAGUUUGUUCCAGCACAAGAGCCAACAAAGGGUACCUGUGCGAGGUGGCAGGUCUUCCAGUGGAACUGGGGGAGUUGCUUGGGGAGGUGAGGAGUCUGCGGGCUCAGCUGCAGAGCAGCGUCCAGGAGAACAGCGCCCUCAAGCAGCUGGAGCUCCACAAACAGCUGGAGCAGAAGCUGGGAGUCACGUCACCCCGUCCUGCUUCCCUGUCGGCUCUCUCUGCCAGCCCUCAGAGAGAAAACUUCUACAGACGGCAGCUGCUUCACGACCCCGCUCCAUCGCCACCAGUCAGAGAUAUUGGUCUGUUUAACUGUGGAUCUCCAGGUCCCCCCUACUCAGACCUGGAGGACAGCCAUAGCACGGCUAAUGUAGACCCCCUCGAUCCUCACUCCGAGCUGGAGGGGGAGGCCCCCGACGGAUCGUUUGCAAACCGUAACGGUCGACAUGCUAUCGGUCAUGUGGACGAUUUCAGCGCCCUGCAGCAGCAAGUUCUGGAAGGCCGGAGCCUCGUUCAGCGCAUGGAGACAACCCUGCAGGCCUGCUUUGGUCCAGAUGGCAGCGAGGAGGAGAGCGGCAAACUGGUUCUGGACAACAGAUGUGUAAAAAAUCUUCUGUCCAACACCAGAACUCUCAGACAGAUCUUGGAAGAGGCGAUGUCUCUGCUGAAGAUGUUCUGGAGAGCAGCUCUUCCCAGCUCUGAUCUAAACCUGAAGAAGGAGCAGUGCAUGCAGGAGGAGAUCCUGUCCCUGAAACUGCGAAUAUCAGAGCAGGAGGAGGUUCUUAGAGGAACGAUCCAGAGACUGAGGAGCACCAGCCGCACCAAGGAGAACAUGGAGCACUUUAUCGUCAGCCAGUUAUCUAGGACUCGUGAUGUGCUGAAAAAAGCAAGGUCAAAUCUGGAGAAGAACGAGCUGAGACUUUCCUCUUUAAGCUCCUCCUCUUCCUGUCCCUAUGCUGCUAAAGACCCACAAAGUGUUCCUGGUCGGGGUGACCUGAAGCCCGGUGGUGUUCGUGGAGCAGCCAGCCACCGCCUGACGGCGAGGAAGCGCAGCAGCCGAUGUCUGCUGUAGACGUCGACAGACGCAGCCUCAGCACCUCUGACCUCUGUGAUAAAUUAGCCAAGUCCCUGUAAUGCCAUCCCAUUCACCAGCCUUCCCUCCCCAUGACUGCCUGCCUGCCUGAACACACUCACCUUACCUCUGUUUUCCAGGCAGUUUGUGCACAGUUUUAUCUGCACGUUGAGCCUUCCGCGGUGAGUGUUUGUCUUUGGGUGACACAGUCAGCAGUUAACUAUGUCGUGUGUGUGACAGAAAGUCGACGGAAAUGUGCCUACGGAGGUUUCAGUGAAGUGUGUCCUUAUUCACGGAUUUUCAGCAUGGUUUUCCACAGAUCAGGGGGGUGUUUAAUGAGAACUAUUUCUAAUACACAGAAAGGGACACCAUCGUAUCCUGUUAGCCAGGCUCUCUAUCUGUGUCUAAAGCAUGUGUCAAAGUCAAGGCCCAGGGGCCAGAUCCGGCCCUCCAGAUCAUUUUAUUGUUAUUAAUGGCCCGAUGUUAUCUUGCCCUUAUUUUUAACUUGUACAAAAAAUAUAUUUUUAUGGAGA